AUGGCGGAGCAGACUGAGAAGGCUUUCCAGAAGCAACACUUGUUCCAGAACACCAAGUCCAGAGGUGGACGAAAAGUCAAUGUCAGGACAAAGAGAUGGUGGAAGGACGUCGGAUUAGGAUUCAAGACCCCUGCCGAGGCCAUUAACGGAACCUACAUCGACAAAAAGUGCCCCUUCACCGGAGACGUUUCUAUCCGAGGACGUAUCUUGACCGGUGUCGUUCACUCCACCAAAAUGACCAACACUAUUGUCAUCCGACGAGAAUACCUCCACUUCAUCCCCAAAUACCGCCGUUACGAAAAGAGGCACAAGAACCUCGCUGCUCACUGCUCUCCUGCUUUCCGUGUCGAACAGGGUGACACCGUCACUGUCGGCCAAUGCCGACCCUUGUCAAAGACUGUCCGAUUCAACGUCCUCCGUGUGGCCAAGAACAAGGCCGCCGCCAAGGCCUUCAACAAGUUCUAG